AUGCCUUCAAGAAGGCAGCCAAGACUUUCUGUUACUUUACGCACUCUACUGCUAUGCAUACCCCCCAGCUUUGCGCAUAUGGAAAUGCGCUGGCCAUAUCCACUACAUAGCAAGUACAACCCAGACGCUGUCUCGGCCAACGUCGAUUAUAGCAUGACAUCGCCUCUAUCCGCAGACGGCUCCAAUUUUCCCUGCAAAGGCUAUCAAAAUGAUCGACCCAAGCAGAUCGUUGCGACGUACAAUGCUGGCUCAUCAUACAACAUCUCCUUGGCUGGCACUGCGACUCACAAAGGAGGUUCAUGUCAAAUAUCCCUUUCAUACGACAAUGGCGCAACUUUCCGAGUCAUCAAGAGCAUGAUCGGCGGUUGUCCAUUGAAGACGACAUACGACUUCAGCGUACCUUCUUACGCUCCCAAUGGAAACGCGUUGCUCGCAUGGACAUGGCAAAAUGAGGUCGGAAACAGAGAGUUCUACAUGGACUGUGCAGAAGUCAACGUUGUGUCUGCGUCACAAAAGCGGCGGCGAAGACGAGACGUGCAGUCUUUCGAUCAAUUACCCUUCAUCUGGAAGGCGAAUCUCAAAGGAAUCAAUGAUUGCACAACGACUGAAGGUGACGACCCUGUGUAUCCCAAUCCGGGUCCAGAUGUUGAAUACGGCAAUGGA